GAGAGAGAGAGAGGGGGAGGGGAGAGCUCAUCUCCCGUCACUGCCGCCUCAGCCGCCACCUACAUUGAACCUCUGAAGAUAAUUAAAUUCAUCUCCAUGACCUCCAUGAGCAAGACAGCCACUGAAAUGGACCAGCAUAACCUCUCCCCAAGUUCAGAUCCCAACAAGAACGCUGCUUCAGACCCCAGGAGGAUGAGACGUAUCAUCGCUGAAGAUCCUGAAUGGUCCCUUGCCACUGUCCCCACACUUGUGGACCUCUGCCUCAACCAUAUUAUAACAAACUUCGGAAGUAACCCCAUCCUGAAAAGGCUGCUGAAACACCACAAAGAGAGAGUACUGGAAAAGAUAUCCACAGAGAUUCCUAUUCAGGUGACAGCCAACCUGGUGGGGGACGAGGGCUACUGGAGGCGGUGCUGCCUGGAAUGCUGGGAGGUUUGUGACAUGUCCAAACAUGGCGGCAGCUGGAAGAGCAUGUUUUUUGAGAGGCUCCUGAAGAACAUCAUUGAGCACUUCAUCCCGGAGACCACAGACCAGGUGGUGAUACUAGAGCUGGUGCCUCUUUGCAAGAACUAUGUGAGAAGGCUGGAGAUUUCUCAGCUUCUGCCGCCGGUCAAGCAGCUGCCCGAGGUGGAGGAGGACGACAUCUCGGAGGUGGGAAGCAACAGCGAAACAAGCCUGGACCACUUUGAUUUCAGUAUGUUGCUGCCUAAGCUCCUGAAACUAGAGGAGCUGCACGUGACGUAUGGGGUCAAAGACUGUGGGAUGAAUUUUGAAUGGAGCAUCUUUGAGUUCACCAACACCGACUGCCGUUUGCUGGCCAAGGCAAUCAAAGCCUGCAUCAGCCUGAAAGUCCUCAAGCUGACCCGCAACAAGAUCGACGAUGAUAAACUGAGGGUCCUGAUCAAGCACAUGCUGGACCACCCGUCCCUGAUGGAGCUGGAUCUCUCGCACAACAAGAUUGGAGACCGGGGGACCAGAGCCAUAGCCAAGCUGGUGCUCAGUAGUAAGCUGGAGAAGAUCGACCUAUGCAACAAUGAAAUCAAGGCCCAUGGAGCCAAGGCUCUAUCCUACAAACUAAGGCGUUACACCACCCUGCGGUCGCUCAACCUCCGGCUAAACCAGAUCGGUGAUGACGGGGGACAAGCCAUCGGACGUGCUCUCAUCAAGUCUCCCACCCUGGAAGAGAUUCACCUGGGGAGCAACGAACUGACGGAGCCCAUGGCCAUGGUUCUCUCCGAGGUCCUGGCCAAGAACAGUGUCCUGAAGUGCAUCGACCUCUCCUGCAAUAGCAUUGGGCCUGAUGGUGGGAAGCAGCUGCAGGAGGGCAUUGCGAAGAACAGAACCCUGCUGAAAUUUGACCUGCGACUGACAGAGAUCAAUCAAGAGACAGAAUACUUCAUCAAUCAGGUACUCUACAACAACCAGGAGCGAGUGCGGGAGGACAUGUGCAAGCAGAAACUUGUGAAAGCCACAAACUCAUCUACCACCGACGCCCCAUACUCCAUUUAAUCACCAACCCACUCCUCCUUCCAGAAAACUUCCAGAAACAAGUGAGAGUGAGUUCAUCGGAUCAUUUUGGGCUUUUCUUGUUUUCUUCUUUACUUCCCCCCCCACCUCCUCCUGUUACAGAUGUAACAACCCCUGUUUGGGUCAGCUCC